UCUGCUGCAACAAAUCUGGCGGUUGUUUACUAAACGUUGUAGACACGUGAGAGUGGUGAUAAUUGGUCGUACAUUACAGAAACAUGAGUAUUUUUGCAUUAUUUAGUAAAUUUUCAAGACGUCUCCCUCUUAAUUAUGUGAGGCAUCAACAUGUCAACGCUUCAAGACUGUUUUUGGACGAAUUCGGUGAUCCUGGUAAAGUUGUUAAAAAAGAAGACUUUUCUUUGGAAUUGCCACAAGUGAUGAGCACUCAAGUCUUGAUAAAAAUGGUGCAGUCUCCAAUCAAUCCAGCUGACAUAAACACAAUUCAAGGUGUUUAUGGGGUGAAGCCUAACUUGCCCUUCACUCUUGGAAAUGAAGGAUUCGGUAGCAUAGAAGAAGUUGGCAGUGAAGUAAAGAACCUGAAAGUGGGAGAUUGGGUUAUCCCUGGAAUGAAUGCAUGGGGAACCUGGCGCACUCAUGCACUUGAAGAAGAAAAGAAUCUCUUGAAAAUUCCAAAUGACAUUGAUCCUGCCAUGGCUGCAACUUUAGCAGUUAAUCCUGGAACUGCCUACCGAAUGCUGAAAGAUUUCGAAAAGCUCAACAAAGGCGACAUCGUCUUACAAAACGCAGCAAACAGCGCCGUUGGACAGAACGUUAUUCAAAUUGCUCGUCAACUGGGCUUCCGGACGGUCAACAUCUUACGGAACAGGGAAGGAAUCGACAAGUUGAAGCAAGAAUUGCAAGAUUUGGGCGCCGACUACGUAUUGACUGACGAAGAGUUUCGAUCGUCCAAACUUUUCAAAAGCGGAGAUCUUGCCCCACCAAAAUUGGUAUUAAAUUGCGUCAGCGGGAAGGCCGUUAUAGAACUAGUCAAAGCUAUGGCCGAUAACGCUACACUUGUAACUUAUGGCGGAAUGUCGCGCCAGCCCCUUGUUGUACCGACAUCCGCCUUCAUCUUCAAGAAUAUUCGCCUUGUUGGAUACUGGAUGACGCGGUGGAACUGGAAGCAUGGCAUUGAAUCACAUGAGCGAAGGGAGAUGUUGGAUACUCUUUGCGCCAUGGCUCGACAGGGAGCUUUGAGAGCACCCAAGCACGAAUUAGUGCCCUUAGAUUCCUACAAAGAUGCCCUUGCUCGGUCGUGUGAUACAAGUCGCUUUCAUGAAGCCAAACUCAUCUUUAAAUUCUAAAUUUUCUAUAAUUAGUUUGUCCUUCGAUAAAUUUAAUAUGAACUCUAAUUUGAAUCAAAAUGUUGUAUUCUUUAUAUUAUUUUAAGUCAUAUAAAUUCCAAAUUGCAUUUUG